AUGGGGUCAAUGCAUCCGGUGGAGUUUGUGAUACAAGUAAAGCUUCCUCUGGAUUCACCUUGUCUACAGCCAGAUGCCUGUGCUACAGCUCACUCAGUGUGUCUUCAAAAGAAGUGCCAGUGUUCUGAAAAUUAUUACAAUACAAAUGAUGCUAACCAAUACAAAAAGACAUGCAAGUCAAAGCAUUAUCUGAAUGAAAAGUGUGAUGAUGAAGCCAAUCCAAACCAAUGUAAAGAUGACAAGGCUGAAUGUUCUAACUCAAAUAAUAUGAAACUGUGCAGAUGCAUCGCUGGAUACCAUGAAGAGAAAGGAGUAUGCAUUGCAAACAAGGCACUUGGUGAAGAGUGUGAUGUUUCUACAGAGUGUUCAGACAGUGCAGCUGUCUGCACAGGAUCCAAUAAAGUCUGUACAUGUGGUUCGAACCAUUAUGAUGACAAUGCAUUUAGUGCUGGUGGAAACUGCCAAGAGAUAUCACAGCUUCAAGUAUCCAGCAUUACCUUUUCUCAAGUGCAUACAACAACAAUGAUCGUGUCAUGGACCCCUCAAAGUGGAAAGGCCAGGUUCAUUAGUGACUACACGGUUCAGUGGGGAUCAAAUGAUAGUUCAAUAGCGGAAGGUUUUAAGGAGAAUAUAAUGUCAACAACAACAAAAAUUACUGGUCUUACUCCAGGACAGAACUACCGAAUAACUGUGACAUCUGUGAACAAAGUCACACAAGCUGACUCUCCUCGAAGUACAUUCGUCUCCAAACAAAGAUCAUCAAAACCAAUGCCUCCAAACAGUCUGGAUUUGGAUGGUAGCAACUUAGACGCAACAGAUAAGGAGAUAACACUUGCUUGGACAAGGCCUUCAAGUGGGGUGGUGUCAAGAUAUGAUAUAGAGGUGCUUGAUGGGACAGAAUUAAAACAGACAACUUUCGCUGUUGGAACAGCCAGUGCUACAUUGACUUUUUACGACAUGAGGAAUGGUUAUACAUACAAUGUUAAAAUAAUAUACAGGAGUGAAACCUAUGAUGGAACAAAUACGGAACCCAGUCAACCAUUUGAGUCACCAUUCAAAACUGAUGUUCAAGUGCCAGAUCCACCAACUGAUGUUUCCUGCCUAAGUAUAUAUGAUGAGUAUAUAACUCUUUCAUGGACUGCACCUCAAAAACCCAAUGGGGAUUUGGUUCAAUAUGUUGUCCACACUUUGUCAUAUCCAUCAAAUAGCGAAAAAUUCCAAAAUAAUACAUCUUCUACUGGGACAACUUAUGAUGUGCAUGGCUUAGAACCAGGCACAGCCUACGUAUUCCGGGUGCACACACAGAAUGAAGGCCACACGUCUACACAGUAUGGGGCAGUGCAAACAUUUUGCACAACAAAGGCAAAAAUGGCUGACAAACCCCAGAACUUGAAUUUUGUAAACAACAUAACCAGUCGAGCACUUUCUGUCACCUGGUCUGAACCAGUUAAUAUCUACAGCUCAGAAAACCUUGGUUACAUAGUUCAACUUCAAGACAAUGAUGCCAAUAUGUGUGAAAAGGAAAUCGUUAUGAGAUGCAGUAAUUGUACUACUGGGGACAUCAAAAAAAUAACAAUGCCACGUUGUGGCCAAGAUUUGCAAGUGCAGAUUGACCAGUCUCAUGAUGAAAUCCGUGCAAAUAAAUUAUACACGAUUCAAAGUCUCCUUCCUGACACAAACUACAUAGUUUCUGUAUCUGUGGUGAAUAAUCAGGGUAGAGGCAAUGCAGCAUCAAUUGAUAUAAAGACUCCAGAGGAAGAGCCCCAAGCCGCACCAGUUGUUCGGUCAGUGUAUGAUAUCAGAAAGAAUUCGUUCAAUGUGUCUUGGAGUCUGAUAGGACCAAGGCCGGGCCAAGUCACGUACACGGUGAUCCUAACUGCCGACACGGGAGCAGACUCCAAAUCAUAUUAUGUUACUGGUUAUGGUAACACCAAUCUGUAUGCUGAUGGGCUAGAAGAAUAUUGGAAUUAUGAUGUGAGUGUCACAGCAAGAACUAAUGUAGGUGGUGCUAAAACAUCAGAUACCACAACGAAAAACAGGACACUGCCUUCAGCUCCUGGAGCAGUAACUGAGUUUGAAGCAGUUAAGGUUCAGCUGCGCACUGACAAUUUCCACAAAAUGACGAUCCAAUGGAAAGCUCCAUUGCUGUUGCAGCGCAACAGUGUGAUAAAAGAAUAUGUGUUAAGACACAAUGUUGGAAACACUACAGCAAGCUCAGUGGGUGAUGAAGAGUUCAAGACAAUGUCCUUCACGUCGGUUACUAGCGAUGUCUUUUACAGUCAAGAGUUUGAUGUUAUACCUGAAUCAACGUACAAGUUUGAGGUGCAUGCCGUGAACACUGAGAGUACAGAUAAUAUGGGGGAGAAGACAGCGAUUAAAGAAAUAGCCCCAGCUGGAUUCCCUGUCAGUAUUGAAGAAGCUGACAAAACCUUACAGGUUGUGAAAGAAGGCUCGAAAGACCAAACCUUCAUAAGCCUGAAUCUCGUAAGAGAGUUUUUCACUGAGGAAACCAAUGGAAGAGUACAGAGGACAGCAUUGCUGGGGUGUAAAAGCAGUGCAUGUCCGGAAAAUUUUCUUGGCUACGCAGACACUCAAAAGAAGGUGGAUGCUCUGGCCAACUGGCAAAAGGCUGCACAAAAUAGCCUGUAUAGGAUCACCACAGCUGACUGGUUAACAAAGAACAAGGGAAGUCGUCGAAGCAAGUACACAGAAGUUCCGUACACUGUGGGCAUAGAGAAUUGUGAUGGCGUCACGGAAGGCACAUACUGUAACGGACCCCUCGAGCCAGAGACAGAAUAUUUAUUUGUUGCGGUGGUCUGUACCAGCACAGGAUGUACGGUCAGCAAAAAGUAUGGGCCUUACAUCACAGAGGCAGUUCCUCCGCCUAUUGGCAUGAUAGUGGGAAUAAUGGCUGGGGUUGUUGCAGCACUGGUAGUGGUUGUCAUUGUAGUAUUCUUCCUUCGUCGAAGAAGUAGGAACAAGGUCCCACCGAUGUCAACAAUUCCUGAUGGAAGUCUCGUUGAAGUGGAGAUUGGAGAAAUGAUUCAGAGGAAAAGGCCAAUUCUACUGAGUGAGUUUGACGCGUACCUAACUAUGAUGCACAAAGAUUCCAACCUGAAGUUCUCCGAUGAAUAUAAAGAGUUGAAGACCCUGAGCCCGAAACAUUCGACAGUUGCCUCUUUACUGAAGGAGAACAGGGCCAAGAACAGAUACAUAAACAUUAUUCCUUAUGACCAUAGCCGUGUGAAGUUGACCACUAACGGAGAAGAUGACAAAAAUGACUUCAUCAACGGAAACUAUCUACCGGGUUACCUCUCCCCCCGUGAGUACAUCGGCUGUCAAGGUCCACUACCCGCCACAAUCGACGAUCACUGGAGAAUGAUCUGGGAACAAAACGUCACCAUCAUCGUCAUGCUUACACUCUGCAAGGAGGGGAAGAAGAUCAAGUGUGAGCAGUACUGGCCCGAUGAGGUUGGGGACCCGAAACAAUACGGAGAAGUUGUCGUGGAGAUGACCUCAUACUCCAAUAUCAAGACUUACGACUUCAGAGUCUUCAAGAUACGCAACGGCAGCCAGACUCGUACGAUAAAGCACUUCCACUUCCUAACGUGGCAGGACUUCCAGGCAAACGUUAAGCACGACACCAUCCUGAACUUCAUCCGAGACGUACGCCACCAGAUACAGCCACCUGAUAAGGCUGGGCCCAUGAUCGUGCAUUGCAGUGCGGGCGUUGGUCGUACAGGGACAUACCUGGCCAUCGACUACUUCAUGCAGUUCAUAGACGAACACGACUUUGACGUGGAGAUAGACAUCUUUGACUUUGUCCUCAGGAUGAGGGACAACAGGAUCUUCAUGGUUCAGACUGAGGAACAGUAUGUGUUUAUCCAUGACUGUGUAAAGGAGAUGUUGGACAGCAAGAGACUGGCUGAGAAUAACCUGUACGAGAACACCGGUGGUAAUCAAGAAGGAGACUUGUUCCAGAACACAUCGCAACAGCUGUAUGAAAAUGUGCAGUACAAUUCCUCUGAUCAGCGUACAGAACUGUAGCCUCGAGAGAAAUGGGGCGGAGUUAAACAUGGGAUCAAAGAUAAUCCAUAUAAUUGAUGUGACGCUGAGCUGUCGGAUUAAUAUUCAUAACAGUUAAACCAAUGAAAACAUUGUGACAAUUACCUUGACAAACAAAAUAACAUGUGGACUAGAAUUCAAUAGAUUCUUUUUUUCAACCGUUCCUUUUAUUAGCUAUGGCGGAAGAAUUACCUUGAUUUUAGCGUCAUGUCCAUUGUUUUAUAAAACUUGUGUUAUAUAUCCACGGUUAAUUAUUAUAACAGCUUCAUUUUGCUUUAUUUUUGAUUACUUUUCUUUUCUGAAUUGCUGACAGCGUUCAAUUUUACUUGCUUGUAAAGACAUUGUUAUAUAUAUAAGGAUUUGUUGAGAAAAUGUGUGGUUUCAAUUUGGGGGAUUUUUUUAUAAUCAAGAUUUUGAUUAUAAUCAAAGGUGUGAUUCUUAUAGGCUAAAUGAGUAGGUCUGCAGCCCGCCUAAGAUAAGUUAAUGUUGAAAAACCAUUAUCAAAUUGAGUUUGUUUCACAAUUUUUGGAACGGGGUCGGGGUCUUUUUGAUUGGGAAAAUAAUUUACUAAAAUUUUUCUAUUUUGCCUUAUAAAAACAAGAAUGUUUUUAAAAAUACCAAAGGCAAAGAUUAAAGAAUAUGAUAAAGUUUGUUUCUUGAAGAAUAUACCAGUUUUUCCAUACAUAAAUGUUUUACAGGUAAAAUAUAUAAUUAGUUUUUAUUUAUUAAUUUUAAAGCAUGAAAUUGCAAAUUUAUUUUAAUUUUUGGGAAAAAGUGUUGGUUUUAUCAUUUGGAGUGUGGUGAAUUUCGGCCCCAAAUAGGUCCGGAAAAAAAAUCUGAAUCAGAUUAAUCUAGAGCAGAAGAGUAAGGAAAUCUAAAGAUAACACAAUAAAACUGUACUUCUGGCUUAUAUUUUGACAUCUCAUUACUGAGCAUACAAAUUUUCCCCACAUCUCUGGUUAUCUUGGGCGGGCUGUACAUAUGAGGUUUUUCACUGUGUAACAAGAGACCAUGAUUACGAACAGUCUGAAGUCUGGGUUCAGACUCAAGUGGCAAAACUGCAAAUCCUCAUUUUAUUGAGACUUACCUUCUAGUUUAGUUUUAAUGAUGAAAUUUGGUGAAAUUUAUAAUUACUGUUUAUAAUUGCUCAACCGCUUCCCUUUAUAUUUUUGCAAAAGAAAUGAAAAAAAAGGAUUUUUUUAACAUACUGUAGUUAAAGUGCUUUUCUGAGAUAAUUCUAGAUUCAAACUUGAGACUGUUUGUGCAUCAUGGCCCCAGAGGUUUGUUUUGAUUCCUUUCUAUCGCAACUGUUAGUAUUACCACAUGUAUGUUGUUUUUUUCAAAUUCCAUUUUUCAUGUAGCAUUUCAUGUAACCGUAAUGUCUGCUAUCAGGAAAUGGGAGAUAAAAGGGCUAGAAUGCAUAAUCAGGUAUCAGCCAUUUCUUUCCCUUUUUCAUUCAGUUUUGCCAAAUACCCCCUAAUGGGAAUAGGAACAUGAACAUUUGACAAGUGUAUUUCCGUGCAAUUCAGGAAAAAAGGGUGGGGGAUGGGGAAUACAUCGGGUAAAAACUCUCAAUAACUUUUAUAUAUAUUUAGAACAUAGUGGGACUGAAACAAAUUAUUCCAAGUCUAUUAAUACUUUCAGUAGUAUGCAGGGAAUAAUUAAGUCACAUUCUUGGGAGAAUAUUGCACUGCCUACUUUCUAUCAUAACAUUUGGUAAUGUUUUGUUUUGUUUAGCAAUAAAACUCUCAGGGGCCUGCCUUAACCAUUUUAAACUGUACACCCCUAUACUUGAGCAAGGUGUUGGCAUAUUCAUGUCUUUCAUUUUCUCAAAGUAUUCUAAAAAAAUUAAACACCAACUUCCUACAAACAAUAACCACCCUUAGCCUUUCAUUGUUACUUCUGGUUUUGAGCUUUAAGUACUUGCCAUUUCGGGGCCACCAAUAUUGAUAAGUACGCCCGGCGUACUGGCGUAUGCCUAGGUAAGCCCCUGAUUAUGAGGUGGUUCACUCAGGAUUGUUUUUUUCAUGACACUAAUUUUACAAUGUUUUUUUGCAAUCAUAUUAAGGUGUGCAUGCAAUACAUUGAGAAGUUUAGACUUCCUUUGUUAUAAUUAUAUGGAAAAGUACCAUUUUUUGUACAAAAUAUUCAUAUUUUAGUUAAAAAGUUCAAAACAGUCAGACUGAUUAAGAGUAUUUUUCUCUAGUUCCCUUUUUCCAUAGGCCAUACCAAAUUGAUGUUUGGAAAUUGGUAUAAACUAAAAUGAUGAUGAUUAUUUCAACAACUGAAUAAAAAAGUAUUAUUAGCUGCUAUUCUUUCUAAGAUUAAGGAUGUAUAUUUUUUAUGUUUAAAUUUCACGGACAACCAAACAAAAAACGAACAAAAAAAUGUUUAUAUUUUGCAUAAUUGAAAUGAUUCAGAAUUUCCACUUUGGGUUAAUAUAUAUAACAAAUACUCUAGAAUGUCAUUCAUAAAUUUGCACACUAAAUAUUAGUUUGGUAAAGAACGAAACAAACUGGUAUGUCAAACCUCAUUUGCUUCAAUAUUUCAUAGUAUCUAAAACUGCUUUUACAUCAGCUGGGCUGGAAAAUGGCUGUCUGAUGGGCAAUGUUUUACAUGAUUUGAUAUCUGAACAUCAUCUAAUAUUUAUACUUGUUUGUGAUGUCACGCAAUUAACUGACAGAAUUUACUGGGUAACAAGUCUUCAUGCAAAUCACUUAGUGCUAUGUUUAAAUCGAUCAUUUCGCUUUUCUUGUUACUAGUUAAUUGCUUUACUUGAGUUUUGAAUGUAAGUGGUUAAGGUGUGUGUUUUUACAGAAAACAGCCAUUCAGAUUCAUGUUCUUAAAUCAUAACCCAAUUUUUUUGAUUAUCCUAAGUCUCUUAAAAAACAAAAAAGGUCUUACAAAAUUUCGAGUUUCCUUACAUGACCUAUUAAUCGAAGUAGAAAGAAAUCAUAACAUCCCAAGAACAGAUAGAAUUUGUACCUUAUGUAAUAUAAAUGACAUCGAAAAUGAAAUUUCCUUUCAGUCUGUCCAAAAUAUCAUAAUCUACGAAAACAAUUCGUUAAACCAUACUUUUGCCGUUGGCCAACAAAACAAAAUUUAUUACCCUUUUGUCCUCAGACAGCGGAAAAACUAUGCACAAUGUUAGUAAAUAUUUAUAUCAUGCAUCUUUGUUACGAUCGAGAACCUAAUUGAGUAAAGAAUUUGAUGAUAUGAUAUAUAGUAUACUUCUCUAUUGACUAUGUCUUUGCUCUUGACGAUGACUUGUUUCGUAUGAUUUAUUUCAUAUGUUUUGCAUUUUGGCUAUGAAAGUUAUAUCAUUUAAUGCUGAAUAAAUGUUAUGUUAUGUUAUGUUAUGUUAAUGCAGAACCAAGCCAAGUUAAUACUUUUUGAGAUAUUAUUUUCCUCUAAGAGAGAUUUGAGACAUUUAAAGGAAAUUGUUUAAAAUGUGAUCAUCAUCAUCUAUGAUUUGUUGUAUUUAACUCAGUUCAAGAAAUAAAUUUUGCUUAAUGAAAUCAGUUUGUUCUUAAAAUAUUUUAUGCUUAACGUUUAUAAAGAAAUUCGACCUUUAUAUCGAUCCAACAUAUGUAUGCACAUCAUACGUUUUCAUUUGAUUAUAUUCGGAUCUUUCAUUAAGAUUUAUGUGCCAUGGCAAUUAUAUUAGUGUAAAAUACUCAACACGCAAAAUCAUAUAAUCUCUUUCAUUCUGAUUUCAUUGUAUGUUUCGCUGUUAUACCAUCAAGUAUUUAUUAAUAAUCUUCAACAUACAAAAGAAUUAAAAUAUUAAGUUGGAAAUCAUUUUUAUAUCAAUAUAUUUUUGCAUGUAUUCUUAAUUAUCUUUUAUGCCAAAAGGGUACCAUGUUUAUACAUGUCAUUUAAUUCUUUUUUGUUCUCUUUUCGCUAAGAUUUUGAUUAUUUAUUUACACAUUUCUUUAGUUAUUGUACGAGUUCUACAAUCCAAACUAUAUCAUAUCCAAAGCUUUAUUUAAAUACCAUAUCAAAAUCUAAUUUGCCAUAUCAGUUGUGUUUUUUUCCACAACCAAGCCUUUUACAGGUGAAAAUUUGCCUCUGAACACAAACUAUAGAAUUUCAUAUAAAUUGUACAUAAUUAAAAUUAAAAUUGUUACGAACUCUGUUACCUCACUGUAGAUAUUAGAUACUAAAAUGUAUAAUGUUAGAUUCCUAAGAUAUGAUUAAUCUUAUGAUCGAGUGAACGUUUCAAAUCAUCAUAUUGAGUGAUUGACUCAAAUAAAUAAUACAGCUCUUAAUUAAAAGAAAACCGUAUAACAAGUCAGAAAUAUUAAUUUGAUAACGGCGUUAUUAUAUGAUAAUACUUUGUUAAAAUGGCUCCUAACGACGUAAAUGUGACUAAAAAACACUGGUUGAAAAAAAUAUUCUGACGUAAACAUAAUUUAUUUUAUUGAUUUUUAAGCAAAAGUCAGUUUGAUAUUGUACUAAAUUAAUGUUCAGCAUAAUUUACUGGUACGGUUACAGGGUAAUUUCUAGCUUACAUACAUUCUAACUCUUGUUAUACCGGUACCCGUAUUUUCAAACUGUGUGUUUUAUUAAUAAAUGUGCUAUGCAAGGCCUCUUUUCCAAAUUGUGUAAUUAUUUUUAUAGAGAAAAAAAUGUAUAUUAAGUUGUGCACAAAUAAUUUUGUUUUUAUAUAUAUUUACUGAUACAUUGUGUAGCAAGAUUUUUUUGUAUUAAUUGUGGAUAUUUUUGUCGUUAUGCAUCCUGUCCUGUUUUAGUAAGAACAAAUCUGUCAUCAUGGAGAACAUUAUGGGCACCCUUAUGCCUUCAUUAAAGUAAAUGCUUAAGACAAUCAAAUGUUGUUGUUUUUUUAUACUUAUACUAUUAUUAUGAUAGCUACAUACAAAUUUUGCAUAUUUGACAGUAAAACAUAUAAACAUACUAUUACUAAAACAUAAUUCCUAACAUCUUUUGUCAAAUUAAUAACGUUCAAGUUUUUCUUAGUCGUUUUCUCCUUUAGCAUCCUUAACUUCCUUGCCUUUUUUAAACCUGGCUAAAACCCUUUGUAACAGAGCUGCUGAAACAGACGUAUCUUAAUUGGUUUAUCAGCUAGCCGAGGAAGAAAUAUCGAGAAGUUUUUUAAACCAAAACUCUGAAAGCACUUCAGAUAUUCACAUGAAACUUGGUAAACAUGUUCAUUUUGGAUAUUCCCAUGACACUUUGCAUACAUGUUCACCUAGGAUAUUCACAUAAAACUUGGUAUACACGUUCACUUAAGAUAUUCAAAUGGACCAUGGUAUACAAGUUCAUUUCGGAUAUUCACAUGAAACUUGGUAUACAUGUUCACUAAGAUUAUUCACAUGAAACUUGGCAUACAUGUUUACUUAGGUUAUUCGAAUGAAACUUGGUAUACUUAAGAUAUUCACAUAUAUUUUGACAUACAUGUUCACUUAAGAGAUUCACAUGAAACUUAUACAUGUUUACUUAGGAUAUUCACUUGCAACUUGGUAUACAUGUUCACUUAAUAUAUUCACGUGAAACUUGGUAUACAUGUCUAGGUAUACGUGUUAAGAAUGGCAGUAAACAUGUACUUUCUAAUAUUGUAACAUGUAGUAACAGACUCAUCCUGUGGAUUUAAGUAAGACUUUGACUUAUUCAAUCACUUAGGGAAAAUGACAAACACUCAAAUAAAAACCUUGCGUUUCCAUGCUCAUAAUGAUUUAUCCUUAAAAUAGCUAUCAUUAUCAAUAGUAUUUGUGUUUGAAUAAAAAUCGUAUAUUACCCAUUAAGCUAUGUCUGUGUUUGUGUUUUAAACAGUUGCUCCAAAGUCUAUUUUGGGCUGAAGUGCUUGUGACUGUACGUCUUCUGUACCAUUAUGUUAUUAUUACUUUGGGUAAUAUCUAUUUGUUUAGAGAUGAGGAGCACGUUUGUUUAGUUUACGAUCUGACAUUUGAUAUCGAUUCUUAGUUUCUUGCUUGUUUAUUCUGCUUAUCUAUAUAUGGUUAUA